AUGGCAACGGCCUUCACCUGGUAUAUCAAUCUGCCACCAAAUUCUAUCCAGACCUGGGUUCAGCUCGAGAAGAUGUUUCACCAGCAGUUUUAUAGGUGUAAGAUUCCUUUGCCCAAGGCCGAAUAUGUGCGUUUAGCGCUGAACGGCCUGGACUUUGAGUUCAAGAAGAAGUAUCAUGGUAUAGAAUUUCGAGACCUGUUCGAACUGUCUGUAAAGGCCUCACGUUACGAAAAGCUCUUAGAAGAGGAGAAGGACAGAAAGGCAGCUUCCAAGGGGACAUAUUAUCAGGACCCUAAUUAUGAUGUUGCCACGGUUGAGAUAGAGGCUAGUGUGGAUGUUGAUGUAGCUGAGAUCGUCAAUAGAAAGCCUUACCUCUUGGCGGACAAAUUGUUGAAAUUGCCCUUUGGCCACAAAAUCCCAGCAUUGGAUGAGCUAAAGGGCAAAGAAUACUGUAAGUAUCAUAAUUCUUGGAGUCAUUCAACGAAUAAUUGCUUUGUGUUUAGAAAUGACAUUCAAGACAAGAUUGAUCGGGGAGAAUUUAAGUUUCCCGAAAAGGACAAGCAAGCCAUGAGAGUCGAUGGUAACCCAUUUCCUUCAGGCUUAAGCGCAAAUAUGGUGUCGGUGAAUAUGAGGUCCAUGCCCAGGACUGCACCUAGACCUAAAGUAAGCCUGGGGGCACCUUCUAGAGUGGCAUUCAAGCCUUGA